CGUUUUGAGUUUAGUAAAUAUAAAACGCAGUUUGGUCUUUCUUCAUCCCUGUCUUCCUUAGAUUGUAUUAGGGUUUGCAGAAUUUCAAUUUUCUCCCAAAUCAUCGCAAUUCCUCCCUCUUUUCCUUUCAAGGAAUUCAUCUCUAUACCACCACAUCUCUCUUCCUGUAUUCCUCUAUUUCAAGUUUCCCUUCAUUUUUCAGGGAAGCUUUUUGUUGAUUUUUUUUUCUCUUAAUCGUGAAAAAAAUAUCUUGACGUUAUUGGGGAUCAGGUGUUGGGAGAUGCCGAGAGACUUGUCGCGAUCCCGAUCGCCUCCUUAUAGGCGUAGGCGUUCACCAUCUCCGGUGGGACACAGAUAUAGUAGGAGGAGCAGAAGAGAUAGAAGCCGAUCUCCGUAUUCGUCCUACUCACGUAGCAGGUGACCCUGUUUGGAUGUUUAUUUUUCUGUGAUAUAGUAGUAGUGUCUCUUAUUGAGCCAGAAUGAUUGGGGAUUCGUGUUUUUACAAAUUGUUGAUUGUGUAUCUUUUAAGCUUCAUUUGUUGGUACUUUGCUGUAAUGGAUUAUGAUGUAAACUAUACCCGGUGGCUGUGUAUUAACCAUACACGUUGCUGCUGUUAAGUUUGCUGAGAGAUUAUUUUCAAUUGAAAUUAUUCAAAGCUUAUCUGCAAUCUACUAUGUCACAAUACAUUAAAUAGUCUUGCUUUCAUUUCUAUCAUUAAUGAGUUUUUAAAGCACCUUGGUCAUGGAUGAGUUAUUAAUUAAUGAUUUUCAACCAAAAAUUGCAAGGAGAAUUAUUCAAAUAAUUAAUUGGACGCAUAGGGGCAUAGGGUACCCAAAACCUCAGGAUAGUUCUGAUUGUUCAAUGGACAUAACAAGGGGGUUGUACUAACUCAACAAUAUUCUACCGAAAUUGUAUAUAUAACUCAACCUGAGAAUUUGGCAAGGGUUGUUUGAUUGAACAGGGGUUAGCUUUGAGCCAAAAAGUGUUAAACGAAUGUUUUAGUGGGUCUCUUCAGUUUUCCGUUAUAUUAACGUCUUAUUUAGGUGCUAAAGAAAUUACAACACAUAAUGAUGGAGUAUUUGUGGAACUGACCAUUUACUUUGUUUGAAGAGAUGCAUAUGGCACUUUGACCAUAUAAUUGAGGACUCCAGAGCUAUUGUGUAUUUAAACUAAAACGUGGUGGUCGUUGUUGAACCCCAUGGUUGAUAAUGCUGGUUAUAUGUGGAAUCUAAUUUGAAUUCAAUAUCUACUUUGUAGUUUGUUAAUAUUCAGCUUCUUUUAUGUAUGUGUUCGAUUGGACAAGAAUGGGUGGCUUUGAUUUCUUUUAUUAUGCCAUUUGGACUUUGUCUGUUAAGCUCUUUGAGCAUUUGAGAAACUGAAUGAGUUGUAUGCUGUUAUGCUGGAUGAUUGACAUCACUAAUAUUUAAGUAUAUGAAGACCUUGUCAUAAGUGUCCAGUGAUGGUGUCACUUACUCUUUUCACUUGUUAAUUGUUUUUGGGUUUCUUUCUUUGUCUGGUUUGCUAUUUGUGUGUGGAGGUUGAAACUCAAUAAUAAAACAUAUAUCGAGCAUUAUAUAGAGCACAAGAUAGGAUAUAUGAUAUUCAUAACAAAAUAAGAAACAUCAGUUUCUUCCCAUAACAUGUCAAGUGAGGGAUAUGAACAGGUGGUCGGUUCUGAUGAGUGUUUUAUCAUUGCUCGAUUGUGAGAUUUGCUUCUUCGUAUGAUAAAAGAUGGAGCACACAAUGAUUAUUUUAUGAGGAGAAAAAGUCGUUCUAUUUCACCAAGAGGGCGCAGAAGUCCUUCUACAACUACUUGGCGUCGUAGAAGUCGAUCUCCUGCUACGAAACGAUACAGAAGACAGAGAAGUAGAAGUACCUCAUUGUCUCCUGCUCGUAGAUCUUCCAGUUCAAGCCUUGGGUCAGUAGAGCAGAAAAUUGCGAUUGAAAAACAAAGGAAAGAAGAAGAGAAGAAAAGGCGUCAACAGGAAGGAGAGUUGAAGAUAAUAGAGGAAGAGUCUGCAAAGUGGAUUGAAGAAGCUAUUCGUAAGAGAGUUGAUGAAAGCUUGAAUUCUGAGGAGGUUCGGGUGGAGAUUGAAAGACGGUUUGAAGAGGGUAGAAAGAAACUUAUUGACGAAGUUGCUGCUCAAUUUGAAAAAGAAAAAGAAGCGGCUCGUAUUGAGGCUAGACAGAAGGAGGUAAAUUCCUUUUUUAUGAUCAUCAAGCCUGAAGCUAUCAGAAAAGGUUAUACUAGUAUUAUUUAUGUCGAUCUGCAGGAACAAGCUCGUAAAGAGAAAGAAGAGCUUGAUAGAAUGCUCGAGGAAAACAGGAGGAAGAAUGAAGAAUCUCAGAGAAAGGAAGCAUUAGAGCAACAAAGAAGGGAGGAGGAACGAUAUAGAGAGCUAGAAGAGCUACAGAGGCAGAAAGAAGAAGCCAUGAGGAGGAAGAAACAGGAGGAGGAACAAGAACGGAUAAACCAAAUAAAGUUAUUGGGAAAAAACAAAUCACGUCCAAAAUUGUCAUUUGCUCUCGGAUCGAAAUGACCCUUGUGCAAGUAUUUUUUCAGUUUAUUUAUAGUGUUUGUGCUUAAAUCUGUAUUUUGCAUAUGCAAUUUAAGAAAAUUACACAGCCUCCUUGGCAACACUUUGACAUCAUCAUUACUGUUUCCAAUAUGCAUUAGAUUUGAUUUUCUCA